AUGACUCCUCCGCCCGACCCGAUAUCAUCGUCAUCCUCGGAUCUCACCCUCAUGGACCCCGAGCCCAUGCCCUCAGAAUCCACGCCCCUCAUCGCCGGCAAAUCCACAGACGAGGCCGAGAAUGGCGCGCACCACAAGCCCGGCAAGCCCUUGCCCAAGAUGCAAAUCUUCCUGCUCUGCUUCGCGAAGCUCAUGGAGCCAAUCGCCUUCUUCGCCAUCUUCCCCUUCAUCGCUGAGAUGAUCCGGCGCAACGGCAACCUCCCCUAUUCAGACGUCGGCUUCUACAGCGGCCUCAUCGAGUCGCUCUUCUCCGCCACCCAGAUGAUGGUGCUCUACUUUUGGGGCCAUCUCGCCGACACCAUUGGCAGGAAACCCGUCCUGUUGUGGACGCUUAUCGGCAUGACCGUGGCCACCUUCUUCUUCACCGUUUCGACCACCAUCCCGCAGAUGAUCCUGUUUCGAUGCAUCGCCGGUGUCUUCAGCGGUUCAGGCUUGGUGAUCCGAACGAUGCUCUCGGACCACACGACCUCGGAGACGCAGGCCGUGGCGUUUAGCUGGUUUGCGUUUGCCAACAACAUGGGCAUCUUCCUGGGACCGAUCAUUGGCGGUGUGCUCGCAGACCCGGUGGAGCAGUUCCCGGGCCUGUUUGGGGGAAUCCAGCUCCUUGAAGACUAUCCGUAUCUCCUAGCCGGCGUCAUACUUACCGUGAUCAACAUUGUCAGCAUCGUCUUAUGCAUGGUCUACCUCGAAGAAACUCUGGAGCCCGAAACUACCGAGACUACUUCCUCGUCGACCGCCGGCCCAGUAGCUCGACCUCACCGAUUGUCCACCCGGGAGCUCCUCAAGGCCCCCGGCGUCGCCACCGUCAUCUGGGUCUACAACCACGUCAUGUUGCUCGCCUUUGCCUUCACCGCCAUCCUCCCCGUGCUGCUCUACACGCCCGUCAAGCUCGGCGGCGUCGGAUUCUCCGCCUUCCAAAUCUCCCUCUGGAUGGCCUUCCAGGGCGCCAGCCAGGCCGCCUGGCUCGUCAUCGCCUUCCCCUUCCUGCAGCGCCGCAUCGGCACCAAGGGCUCCAUGGCCGCCUGCGUCGCCGCCUACCCCUUCUUCUUCGCCGGCUACGUCCUCAUGAACUUCCUCCUCAGGGCCGACACCGAAUCCACCACCGCCGCCUUCUGGGUCGUCGCCCCCGUCGUCGCCGUCGUCGGGCCCGGCGUGUCCAUGGCCUUUACCGCAGUCCAGCUCGCCCUCAACGACGUGUCGCCCAACCCUCACGUCAUGGGCACGCUCAACGCCUUGGCCAUGACCGCCGCUAGUGCCGUCCGGUCCUUUGUCCCGGGCGUGUCGACGGUGAUUUUCGCCAUUGGCGUGCGGAACCAGAUCCUCUGGGGACACCUCGUGUGGGCAAUACUCAUCCCCAUUGCCAUGUCGCUCAUGAUUUUCGUCAGAUGGCUUCCCGAGGACAAGCAAUCCCACAAGCUUGCCCGGGAGCAGGAGGAAGACGAAGAGUAG